GCACUGGAGUGAUGAACUCGCUCCUCUCCAAGCUCUCCAUCCUGCUUAGUGAUCAGUACAAGCAACUCAAGGGGGUCCGCAAGGAUAUCGAGUUCCUCAGCCGUGAGUUCGUCGACAUGAAUGCAGCACUGGAGAAGCUAGUGGAUAUGGAGAAGAUGAAUGUUCAAACAAGGGUGUGGAGGGACAAGGUUCGUGAGAUGGUCUACGAUAUUGAAGAUUGCAUCGAUGUCUUCAUGCAUCACCUUGGCCAGGGACAUGACAAGGAUGGCUUAUUCCGCAAGACCGCACGCAAGAUCAGGAAGCUGCGAGUGCGCUAUCAAAUUGCCAACAAGAUUCAAGAACUCAAAGCUCGUGUUGUGGAGCAGAGCCAGAGCCGAGAUAGAUACAAGAUUGAUGAAGCCCCUGCCACCUCUACAGUUCCUCUAGUCGAUCCACGGGUGCAAGCAAUGUUCGAAGAUGCAAAAAGGCUCGUGGGUAUUGAUGGUCCAAGAGAUGAAAUCACCCAGUGGCUAAUGGAGGAAGGUGAUACUUCUGAACAGCUUAAAGUGGUGUCGAUCGUGGGUUUUGGGGGUCUCGGCAAGACAACUCUUGCAAACCAAGUGUACAACAAAAUCAAGAGUGAGUUUCAGUGCACAGCGUUCGUGUCAGUUUCAAGAAGUCCUGAUAUGCCAAAGAUUCUAAAAGACAUGCUUUCUGAAGUUGGAUAUCACAGCAUGGAUAUGGCAGAUGACAUCAACAAGCUUAUCACGGCCCUCACUGAACACCUUGCAGAUAAGAGGCGUUGGCAUCUUUAUGUCGUCCCUGGUUGGGUAGAAUAAUGGGGCCGUCUAUUCGUCGCUAGCACGGAGAAAGCCUGCGCAACUCGAGGGAGCAGGGAGCUGCCCCAUACGGACUGCUCUAUGGUGCUGUUUCAGAUUAAAAAAAACAACAGUGAAAAAUAAACACCACUAUUUGUUAAGUCAUUAACCUUUUUUGUCCCUGCUCCUUCACUAGCUGGAAUUCCCAUUCCCAAUUCCAAAUUUUGGAUAGGGGCAGCCAAAGCUGGGUGACCAAGCUGGGCUAUAGGUGGAGACAAAAGUCCUCCCUCCGUUCUAAAUUAUAAUUGGUUCGACUUUUCUAAUCUCAAGUUUAACCCCAAAUUUAUUCAAAAUAUCACUUAUUUUA